GCCCCCAAAGUGAUAAAUCUAGCUAACACUAAACCUCUGAUGCUCAGAUCCCGCCUGAAAAUCACACCCAGACGACGCCCAGAUGAAAACUCCGACUCCAGUGACCCCUCACCUACUGCCGAGAUUAUUCCAAAAAGGCCUCGACUCACUGUAACUGUGAUUCCUAUUCGCGUCUGCCAGCCUCCCAAUGGCUCUAUCAGCAAUAACGGCGUUAUAUCAGGAGGCUGUUGCUACAGUUAUGCCAGUCUUCCUGGGACCGUCCCCAAUGAAAGUAAUAGCCCAACUUCUAAUGCUCGUCCUUCACAGACGCAAACCCAGACUCCCUUGCAAAAGAUUGUGCUUUCACCUGUCUCAGAAAAUCCUGUCUCCGCAUUCACCGCCUCUACAAAUUCUGUCUCGACGGUGCCGAUCGUCAGUGUUCCCCUUUUGCGGAAAGACCACACUAAUACCUAUUCGCCAUUACCAACCCGAGCACCCCCGCCAUUAGAGCUGGGCUUGGAAUACGACCCGCCGACACUAUUCUCCACAGUCUGGACUAAGGGUCAGCCUCAAGGUUAUCUCGCUCAAUCAAUAGUUACGCAGCAAACCUCUGCAUCUCCUACCAUCAUAUUAUCUGCAUCCUCUUCUUCCUCUUCAUCUCCUGUACCUAGCCGACAUGAAUCCCUGACUGAGCCCAUGCUGAGUACCCCGAGUGGCCAAGUGACUAGUUGUCAAGUAGCCACAGAAGGCAUAUAUACUUCAUCUUCACGUAUGGUGAAGGGAAGGGAGGAUUCUUCGGAGCUGCCUUUGAGGUUGAAGUAG